AUCAGCGCACAGCGCACUGCACGCUGCAAGAUGGCUCUUUACUCGACUCUGACUGUGGAAGCUGGAGAAGAUGGUAGUUGUCGACCCAAAGAUUGUAGUUCGGUCUGAGAGGUUGCUCCUAAGACCAUUGGCUAUCGAAGAUGCCGAAGACAUUUUAUUGAUGCGCAAGCACCCGGAGGUUAUGAAACACACGUCAAUUCUAGUGUCCGACGAUUUAGAAAAGACGAAGGCCUGGAUCCAGGGUUGUUUUGAUAGCCAAAUCAAUUGGAAUUUCUCCAUCGAGCUUCUUCACGCUCCCUCCGAGUCCUCCCCACGCGUCAUCGGCCUCAUAGGCGCGGUCCGAGCCCCCGAGAUAGGCUACAUGUUCAAUACCUCCUACUGGGGUCAAGGCUACGCGACUGAAGCCCUCCGUGCCUUCAUGCCGCUGUUCUUUCAGCACUUCUCCGGCGGCGAGCACGAGAUGUUCGAGUAUGCGGAGGCACACACAGAUGAGGAACUUGUCAGCAGCCAGAACGUGCUAAGCAAGGUGGGCUUCAAGUUGCAUGAGACGAGGGAGAAGGACUUUGAGAACCCGGUAUUGGGGUGGAGAGAUACGCUGGUCUAUAGGAUGUAUCGUCCGGAAGUUCAGACUGAGGUGACACCGAAAGGGACGUAAACUGGGUUGACGAUCAAUUCGCGGAGAAGAGGCAGGGACCUAAGAUGUGUAGACUCAGGGCAGCUUCAUGGCCUUCGCUUCUGCUACUUUCAUACAUCUCAUUAAUAGAUUUUUCGAUCUCCAAAAAUAUACUG